UGACCAGGUGAACAGGUGCGCCGCUGUCUGUCUCUCAGGUCUGGUCUGUGGACACAGCUGGACAAACGGCAAAGAGUGUUUGUCUCCCAUCCGUUUCCAGUCUCUGUGCAACUUCAGUAGGCCUGUCCUCUCUAGGGCGGACCGUGGACUGUGUGGACUUCCUGUCCUCUUCAAAGUGUUUAACGUCCCUGCUGCCCUCUGUCUCCUGUUGCUGCCCACAUGUUGUAAGGACCGCGCAUGGGUUCCGAUCUUAGACAGAUCCAGGUUGGACACACCCAGCCCGAGGGACUGGAGAGGAGCUCUGGACUUUGAAGGAGAGCCGUUCGACCACGCAUUCAGGAAGCACCGUAGCGAAUGACCAGAUGCAUCGAGAUGUCUGUCGGAAGGUGUGAAGUUCCCCGAGCUCCGCUGCUGGACCGUUUGAGGUUCUGCUCCUGCAAUGACCGCUUGGCCAGGGCAGCCGGCUGACAGUGCGGGGGCAACGCUGCGUUCGCGACCGGGGCACGUCCCGCAGAGACGGCGUCUCCUCGAAGGAGACCACGUGGAGCCUCUUGCGGUCCUGCUCGUCACCCUCGACCGCCCGCGUUCCCAGCUGUACAUCAGCACUUCUGCGAGGCUCACGGUUAAAAAUGGAAGUGGAGCUUCCAUCCCAGGGGCCUGGAGCUUCUUCACGAAAACACAGCCACCAAAUAAGGACACGAGGCUGCAAGUGGACGCUGAGUCCAGACGCACCGGGGAGGGGGAGGGCGGGGUCGAGGGCUGACCGAGGAGGGCGUGGCCACUGAGAGGGAGGGCGCUGUCCCCAAAACCGGCCGACAGGUUUGGCUGCGGGUCACUGACGGCAGCCCCGCGGAGAAGCCACAUCUCCUGCCUCUUUCUCCCUGCGUGUCCCCGCACCCGUGUGGAGUCCACUCGCGCCUUGGACACGUCUUCACCUCGGCCUGCGCCCAGCGACCCGUCCCGACCGCAACCAUGGAGGCCAUCAAGAAGAAGAUGCAGAUGCUGAAGCUGGACAAGGAGAACGCCAUCGACCGCGCCGAGCAGGCCGAGUCCGACAAGAAGGCGGCCGAGGACAAGUGCAAGCAGCUGGAGGAGGAGCUCGUGGGCCUGCAGAAGAAGCUCAAGGGCACUGAGGACGAGCUGGACAAGUACUGCGAGGCGCUGAAGGACGCCCAGGAGAAGCUCGAGCUGUCGGAGAAGAAAGCUACAGAUGCCGAGGGCGAUGUGGCGGCUCUGAACCGCAGGAUCCAACUAGUGGAGGAGGAACUGGACCGUGCCCAGGAGAGGCUGGCCACGGCGCUGCAGAAGCUUGAGGAGGCCGAAAAGGCGGCGGACGAGAGCGAGAGAGGCAUGAAGGUGAUUGAGAACCGUGCCAUGAAGGAUGAGGAGAAGAUGGAGAUCCAGGAGAUGCAGCUGAAGGAGGCGAAGCACAUCGCUGAAGAGGCAGACCGCAAAUACGAGGAGGUGGCGCGCAAGCUGGUCAUCCUAGAGGGGGAGCUGGAGAGGGCCGAGGAGAGAGCCGAGAUCUCUGAGCUGAAGUGCAGCGAUCUGGAGGAAGAGCUGAAGAACGUGACCAACAACCUCAAGUCCCUGGAGGCCCAGUCCGAAAAGUACUCAGAAAAGGAGGACAAGUAUGAGGAAGAGAUCAAGGUGCUUGGAGACAAGCUGAAAGAGGCCGAGACCCGAGCCGAGUUUGCCGAGAGGACGGUAGCCAAGCUGGAGAAGACCAUCGAUGACCUGGAAGAGAAACUGUCAAGCACCAAAGAGGAGAACCUGGGGAUGCAAGACAUGCUCAAGCAGACCCUGCAGGAGCUCAACAGCAUGUAGGGGUCACACAGGGUCACGCUCCAUGGGAGUCCACUUCCAUUGUCCUCACACUCUCACCUUUGUCUGUUUGUUUGUUUUACACUGCGUGUUAUCGAUGGCCUCAUAGAAAGAGGGGCUGUGGGGGGCUGGGGUCAUUAUUAUUCACCUACCUGUUCUUGCUGACAUGAUGCACAACACCUGCUCCUCCGUUUGUGCCUGCUCAGUGGUGUGUGUAUCUGUGUGUAAGAAUUCGCUCAGUGGCGAAUUCGCUGCGCAGGACAGGGGACGGAGCCUUUCAUCUCGCCGUGUCUCUGUUGAGCUCGUCACCUUUCCAGCUCUGAGCCUAAUAAAGUGUG